CAGACACCCUCCCUUUUUGUUUACUGUCGUGAACGUUUUUUCGUGGUGGGUCUGCAACUACGAAACAGAAUUUACUGAAGUCUGCUCAUAUUUGUUCCUCUUCAAGGUAUAAGAUGGCCCAGUGGUGCCAGCUGCAACAACUGGAUUCUAAAUACCUGGAGCAGGUUGAUCAGCUGUAUGAUGACUCCUUCCCAAUGGACAUCAGGCAGUACCUGAGCAAGUGGAUUGAGAGCAUCGAUUGGGAAAAUGUGGCUGUCCAGGACUCCUUGUCAACAGUACGUUUCCAUGACCUCCUAGCUCAGCUGGAUGACCAGCACAGCCGCUUUGCCCUGGAAAACAACUUUCUGCUGCAACACAACAUCCGCAAGAUCAAGAGAAACCUCCAGGACCGCUUUCAAGAGGACCCCAUUCACAUGGCCAUGAUCAUUGCCAGAAACCUGAAGGAAGAGCAAAGGAUUCUGGCUGUUGCCAGAAGCAUACAGGCCGACUUGGAGAACACACAGACGAGCAUGGUCCUGGAGAAACAGAAGCUGGAUAAUAAAGUUAAAGUGAUGAAAAACGAAGUUCAGGUCGUAGAUCAUAACAUAAAGCUUCUUGAAGAACUUCAAGACGAGCAUGACUUUAGAGUGAAUAGUCUUAAGAACAGAGAACAUGAAAAUAAUGGGCUGACCCCAAAACAGCUGGAACAUGAGAAGAUGAUUAUUCUUGAAAUGUGUUUAAAGCUGAAGAUUAAUAGAGAGGAAGUGGUGUCUCAGUUAGCAGAUGUGCUUAACAUGUCUGAGUCAAUCCAGUCAGACCUGAUCUCAGAGGAACUACCUGAGUGGAAGAAAAGGCAACAGAGCUCCUGUAUUGGAGGGCCACCCAAUGCCUGUCUGGACCAAUUACAGAACUGGUUCACUGUGGUGGCUGAGAACCUGCAGCAAGUGAGGCAGCAGCUGAAGAAACUCCAAGAACUAGAGCAGAAGUAUACAUACGAGAAUGAUCCAAUUGGACUGAAGAAAAGCUUCCUGGAGGGGCGGGCCCUCACACUGUUCCGGAACCUUCUAGAGCAUUCCUUGGUGGUAGAGAGACAGCCUUGUAUGCCCACACACCCACAGAGACCCUUGGUGCUGAAGACACAGGUUCAGUUCACUGUUAAGCUCCGAUUCCUCGUGAAGCUCCAGGAAUUCAACUAUCAACUCAAAGUCAAAGCUUCGUUUGACAAAGAUGUUACAGAAAAAAAAGGUUUUCGUAAAUUCAACUUGUUGGGUACCAACACAAAGGUUAUGAAUAUGGAAGAGUCCAAUGGAAGUCUGGCUGCAGAGUUUCGCCAUUUGCAACUGAAAGAACAGAAAGUGGCCGGAAACAGGACAAAUGAGGGGCCUCUUAUUGUGACUGAGGAGUUGCACACCCUCUGCUUUGAGUCUGAGCUCAACCAGUCCGGCCUGGACAUCAAGCUAGAGACCAUCUCCCUGCCGGUCGUGGUUAUCUCCAACGUCAGCCAGCUGCCCAGUGGCUGGGCCUCUAUUCUGUGGUACAACAUGCUGACCACUGAGCCCAAGAAUUUGAAGUUCUUCCUUAGUCCUCCUGCUGCCACCUGGGGUCAGUUGUCUGAGGUUCUGAGCUGGCAGUUCUCCUCUGUCACUAAGAGGGGACUCAACGAGGAACAGCUGGGAAUGCUGGCUGACAAACUGCUAGGCCAUAAAGCGCAGAGGAAUUCAGAGGGCCUUAUCCCCUGGACCAAGUUCUGUAAGAGUCUCACCGAGAAGAGCUUUCCCUUCUGGCUGUGGAUCGAAGCCAUUCUGGACCUUAUUAAGAGACACCUGCUUUCCCUUUGGAAUGAUGGUUGCAUCCUGGGCUUUGUGAGUAAGGAGAGGGAGAAGGCCAUGUUGACCGGGAGGUGUCCAGGCACGUUCCUGCUGCGUUUCAGUGAGAGCAGCAGAGAGGGUGCGAUCACAUUCACCUGGGUGGAACACGACCUAUAUGGUGAUUAUCUUGACAAGCCCGUGUUCCAUGCGGUGGAACCAUACACCAAAAAGGAGCUGACCGCCGUCUCUCUGCCUGACAUAAUCCGCACCUACAAGGUCAUGGCAGCUGAGAACAUCCCGGAGAACCCGCUCCGGUUCCUCUACCCGGACAUCCCCAAGGACAAGGCUUUCGGGAAGUACUACGCCAGGCCCACAGAGGUGUCAGAACCCAUGGACGUGGAGAGUCCAGCCAGCCGAGGAUACAUGAAGACAGAACUCAUAUCAGUGUCAGAAGUUCACCCAUCUAGACUGCAAGACAACAUGAUGCCGAUGUCACCAGAUGUGUUUGGUGAGCUGACGAGGAGUGUUGGUCCAGUGUUGGACCAGUGUUGGAAUCAAAGCCCUAAGGAUUUGGAUGCUGUGGCGUGUGAUUUCGCUGAUUUGAUGCCUGAAGACUUUCAGAUGACUGCUGACUUGGACUCCCACUGAACCAGCCAGCCAGGACCUGACCUUUCAUGCAGAGGAGGAAAAUAAAAUAAUCAACGUAUUGUGUCAUCUACACUUAAUUACUAAUUAGAAUAAAGAUUUGAUGCGUGGUAAAAUAUUGCCCAUGUGCAAUUAUGUUAAUGGAGGGAAUUAUUUGAAUUGUUUAGCUCAAUCCUUAACAGAUUGCCCAGUCAGUAACACCAUUUAUUCUGUCUUUAGUUCUCUUUUGAAUUCCGGAGUCACGUUUCCAUUUGUUUUGUACAGUCAGUUUAAAAGUACUGUGGAAAUAUAUUUAUGUCAUGUUAUACACUCACUGUACAUCACUGUCCUACUUUCUGAUAGUAUCUACUGUGUAACCAGUGAAUGUUGUCACUUUCGUGUAAUGAGUGCACGUCCCAUAUGCAGGAGAUCAAGUGGGGGCAUGUUUAACAUUUAGUCUUUACUCUUUGGUAAAUACUUUUCUCAUUUCUAACACAGCUAAAGCAUGUUCUGUAUAUUUGAAUUACGAAAGAAAGCAAUACACAUUGCACGAAAAACAGGCACUGGAGAAACAAGUAAUUCUACCCAAUAAAAACAAUAAUAAACACAGGAGAUAAUUAAUUUAAUAUAGUGUGGCAGAUUAUAGCCGGUAAGUUGCCUUUAACACUGGAAGCACAUUUAUUUGCCAAGUAAAUAUAAUGAUACAUUUUGACUACUUUGAUACUUUGAAGUUUCAAAUACUUUGAAGAUUUCCAAGUUGAAGACAACUUUGAUACUUUGAAUUUGUGCUCCUAACCAUUAGGCAAAAGGGGAGGGAUAGUAAAUAUAUGUCCCUAGAUAUGUCCCUGAUCGAUAGGCCAGAAAAACGGUCACCAUCCAUCCAUUUAUUAAGUGCACAGUUUGUUGUUGAAGU